GAAAUUCCAAUCAGUCGAUACAGAGGUUGCAUUUGGAGAUUCAAAUGUUCAUGGACUGCGCUCCGCUGAACGAGAGAAACCUGGCGACGCUGGAACUGCGUCAGAGCAGUGAGCAGUUGGACAGAGUGGAGAGGAGAGGUUGACAAACGGAGGCCAUGAGACAAGGAGGACGAGCUGUGGCGAGCAGUGAGUGGAUCGAGCUUGUCGAUCGCUGUGCCGACGACACUUGGCUCAUGCCCACACAAGCUUCACAUCAGAGUCCACUUUCCUGUCUCUCUUUCGGUUCUACUUUCUCUUGCAAACUUCUGCUGCAGACAACUCGUUGCAAAGUCUUCGGGAGUUGCUCGGAAGGAGUGUCCAGCUCAAUCUCAGGUUCUGUGUACGAGGAGAUUCCAUGGCUUUAGUGCUCACCAUGGACUCGAUCACGGGAUCCAUAUGCCCGACUACAGACCGGGUUCAUUAUUGUCAGAGCUCUGAGUCAUCGGUUUCCUUACAGAAAAGACGGUCUACGAGGUGCAGUGGAUCAUAAAUCCGUCAGCGAAACAGUCGAUUUUGCAUCCUGUUUGGCUGAGUCUGAGUGGACGUUUUGACGUUUUGAACGAGAAGAGAAGAAUUGGGUUAAGUGGUAUUUAGUCAGUGCAGACGGGAGAUAUGAGCAGCAGGACGCUGCACAGAUUGGUGUCCGACACAGAGAGGGGUCUCUGUCAGAAGAAAGAUGCGGUGAAUCAGAACGUGGAGAAUGUUGAGAAUGAGGGCGCAGACGCAAGUGCGAAGCUGCGGGUUGUGCAGCCUACCGAAGCUUUGAAAGCCUUCUUUGACCGCAUUCCGUUGCAGUCUGUGCCAGGAAUCGACAACGUUGGAGUGAUCGAAGUGCAAGCAGAGCAGACAAUCGAAGAAGCAAUGAGACUUUUAUAUAAGCACGAUGUGCUGGGAGCCCCAGUGAUUGAUAACCCUAGAAGUGUGGAGAUCUCAUUGUCUGUGUCCGACCAGUAUGUCGGAGUAGUGGAUUUCGGGUCAAUGAUACUCUGGGCGCUAGAGGAGUUUGAAGAGGCAGAAACGCAAGCGCAAGUGAGAGGACUUUUGGUUGAGAAAAGCAGUGAAGACAGAUCAGGAUCUUCGCCUGAUGAAGUGAUAGAAGGUGUGCCCAAAGCAGCGGUACAAGACAAUGAUGAUUUCUGGUCACUUCUGACACGACUUGAGAACAUCGGUAGCUCAAAGAUUGGCGCUCUAGCUAGAUCUUUCAGAUGGGGUCCAUUUUUGCCUGUCUAUCCCGAUAAUUCGCUCCUCCACAUUCUGCUACUUCUCUCGAAGCACGGCCUGAAGGCUGCGCCUGUUGUGGAUCCCGAGGAAAACAAAGUUACAGCUUUCAUCACUCAGGAUGCUGCCAUGCAACUUCUUUUGCAGUGCAGCGGACUCUCUUGGUUCGAUGACAUCGCGAAUAAAAAGCUCAGUGAAUUCAGGUUCCAAGCUGAUCCGCCUCCAGGACAACUCAUCUCCAUAACCGGAGAUAAGCCCUUGUGCGAAGCCUUUCACUGUCUAUGGAAGUACAGAUUGAGUGCUGUGCCUGUUGUUGACCAAGAGACAAAGCAAUUGAUUGGGAGUGUUCGCAGCGAAGAUGCGAGGAUUCUACUUGAGAGCAAUGAACUGUUCAAGGGCAGGAGGAAGGUAACCAUCAACGAAUUCAUGAAAGCUGAUCUUCUUCCUAAGGAUGACGUCGAGGAAAGACAUAGAAGUGUUCUGGAGGAAGACCUUGGCAUAGCGAUCUCGGCAGCAACUCUGUCUCUCGGUUGCUUCAAGCUUCCUCCAAUGCGCGAGCCCGUCACAAGCACCAUGGACGACAACCUCAAGCAUACCAUAAAAAAGCUUGUUAGUGCUCGGGGUGAUCGCAGCUUCAUGAUCGACGAGAAUAGACGACUGAUUGGAGUUAUAACGCUAUGUGACAUUAUGUGCCAGUUCGCACCUCCUCUCGGCGAGCAACCGGAUCGCUGGGGGGACCUUUUCGAUAAUGCACUCUAAUGUGUACAUUAAACUUCAUUUUCCUGAUUUAAUUACGCAUACAACAUAUUGCUCAGUUGUAUCAUAUAUUUCCAGUUCAGUAAAGCAGCACUGUCUGUUGGUUUUAUCUGCUGACCGCGGGGUCUUGAUCUCGGCCUGCAACUAGCGGUCCCUCGCCCACCUCAAUACAGCCUGUGGCGACAAAAGUGUCUGAUCAGGGGUUCGAACCGCGGUCGUCUAGUGGGUGAGACUAGAAUUGAUUUAGGGUUGAAACUAACCGAGCCUCGUCUACCUCAGUCUUUCUCUGAGGAUGAAACUGGCCGACAAAUGUUCCGGCGACAAAAGUGUCUGCUUUAGGGCCCUCGGAUCGCUGACCUCUAGCGGUCUUCUCCGCUAACCGCGGAGAUUUGGUUCAAUGCAAAAUUGUCUGAUCCCGGGCUCGAACCGAGGACCUCUAGUGUGUGAGACU